AAUUGAUUUACGAGGUUUCUUUGUUUUAUUACAGAAGAAAUCUACGAAAUCAAUUUAAAUCUUUAUUUUGUAGCACAAAAAUCAAGGUAGUAAUCCAAAAUCCCCGUGACCGUGACGUGACGUGACUGAAAAAUCGUGGUCACGUAGAAGUCUAGUCAGCAUACUCCAAGGAUAAAUCAUGAUCACUACUCAUUUUGAAUGUUAAUUUUUAUCUGGAUAAAAAUAAAAUUUACACUCACUAUAUUUUUCUUUGAAAAAAUAAAACAACCUUGCGAGUUCCACAGAAAAAAAAAUCAUUUAUUUAUUUGUUUUCUUUUGUUAUAAAGAUUGGAUAUCAUCUAUUGAUAUUAUUGUUUGUACACCGGGCCGCCUUGUUGAACAUAUUAGUCGAACACCAGGAUUUUCUUUAAUACAUCUUCGUUAUCUUGUUAUUGAUGAAGCUGAUCGAAUUAUAGAUGAAUUCAAACAAGAUUGGUUAAAUAUUCUUGAUAAUGCUGUUGGUUUAUCAAGUCAUUUAAAAAAUGAUUUUCAACCAUAUAUGCUUAGUCAAUCAUCAUCUAAUCGUAAAACGUAUCAAAAAUUACUUUUUUCCGCAACAUUAACACAUAAUCCUGAAAUAUUACAACAAUUAAAUCUUUUUCAUCCUGUUCUUUUCUCAUCAUUAUCAUCAUCUAAAUCGAUUAUAAUGCCUUCAACAUUACGUGAAAAUUUUAUUGUUUGUUCCAUAACAUAUAAACCAUUAAUUGUUGCUUAUCUUAUAAAAAAUCAAUUACAUUCAGAACGAAUUAUGAUAUUUGUUCAUUCAAAAAAAGAUGUUGAUCGUUUAAGUACUUUACUUAAAUUACUUUUACCUGAUGAUAUUAAAGUUAAUCAUAUAUCAAGAAAUUUAGCAUCUAAGAAAAUUCAAACACGAUUAAAUAUGUUUGAACAUGGACAAAUUCAAAUUCUUGUUUGUUCAGAUGUUCUUGCGUAAGUUUAAUCAUAAUAAUACUUAAUUUCGGAAGAUAAAUUUUGUCUCAAUGAUCAACAACUUUUAUGAUCUAUUCGAUUUUCUAUACAUUCGUUCUUCAAAAGUAUUGUCUUCAGACCUCAAUAUCACAUACUAAUGGCUAUAGUGAAUAAUUAAAUAAAUUUUAUUACUAGAAAGUCUGUUAAGGCCCACCCCCCACCCAAAAAAAGUUGAUUUCUGUCAAAUUUAUCGAUUUUUUUUUAAAUAGUGCAUGUGAUAGAGCAUCACG